UUUGAAAUUUAUGUAACACACCCGACGUCUCUAUUUUACCCGAUUCCGUAUCAAUAGCCGGAGAAAUUAAAUAUUCCACUAGAGGUCGCUGUUUAUUUUCUACCGGAUAAUAUCCACAUCACGCGACAAAAAUGAAUGAAGAAAGGACUGCGGCAAAAGAACUCGACCAGUGGAUAGAACAACUGAACGAAUGCAAGCAACUUUCAGAAAAUCAAGUGAAAACUUUAUGUGAAAAGGCUAAAGAAAUAUUAUCCAAAGAAUCAAAUGUACAAGAAGUGAAAUGUCCUGUAACUGUGAGUGGAGAUGUGCACGGUCAGUUCCAUGACCUUAUGGAGUUAUUCAAAAUUGGUGGAAAUUCGCCUGACACAAACUACCUGUUCAUGGGAGAUUAUGUAGAUAGAGGUUAUUACUCCGUAGAAACCGUAACUCUUCUAGUAGCACUUAAAGUAAGAUUUAAGGAUAGAAUAACAAUUUUACGAGGAAACCAUGAAAGUAGACAGAUUACACAAGUGUACGGGUUUUAUGAUGAAUGUUUACGGAAAUAUGGCAACGCUAAUGUAUGGAAAUAUUUCACAGAUUUGUUUGAUUAUUUACCAUUGACAGCUCUAGUAGAUGGACAAAUUUUCUGUUUACAUGGAGGAUUGUCACCUUCUAUAGACACACUAGAUCAUAUCAGAGCUCUAGAUAGAAUACAAGAAGUUCCACAUGAGGGACCAAUGUGUGAUCUUCUUUGGUCAGAUCCAGAUGACAGAGGUGGCUGGGGUAUCUCUCCUAGGGGUGCAGGUUACACGUUUGGUCAGGAUAUCUCAGAGACAUUCAACCACAGCAAUGGUUUAACCCUUGUGUCACGUGCCCAUCAGCUAGUCAUGGAG